UUGUAUACAAAUUCUCCCAUUUGUGGAGGAUCUCGACGCAGAAAUUCAGGAGCUUUUCAUAAGUUGUUUAGUACUCCAGAGGAAGAAGAAAGAAAGAUGGAAAAAUAUUAUGUUACAGAGAUGAGAAAAGCAGUACUUGUAAUUCUAAUUAUGAAUAUAGGCUUGAUUGAAUGCUCGUUUAAGGAAAUUCCUGCACUGAUAUCGUUUGGAGACUCGACUUUGGACGUGGGAAAUAAUAACGAUCUUUUCAGUUUGGCAAAGAGCAAUCAUGUUCCUUACGGAAGGGACUUUCCGGGCCAAAAAAUUACAGGCAGAUUCUGCAAUGGCUUGCUCGUUACAGACUAUAUUGCAUCAAUGCUAGGCCUAAUGUCACCAACGUUGGGGUACUUGAAUCCUGAGGCUUAUGGAGAGAGGAUUGUUACGGGUGUUACAUUUGCUUCCUCUGCAUCUGGGAUCAAUGAUGACACUGGAAAAACCUUUAACAUUCUAAAUCUAAAAGAUCAGCUAAAUCUCUACAAACAAUAUAGAGAGGAUUUGCGUAGGGUUGUGGGAGCUGCCAAUGCUUCACGUAUCUUAUCUAAGGCUAUUUAUAUUAUAAGCACUGGAAACAAUGACUAUCUUCAGUAUUUUAAUCUGAACAUUUUAUCAGAAAAUGAAUCCAAUCGAAAAGAAUUAAGGACGCACCUGUUGAGCACAUUAUCUAUGUUUAUCAAGGAGCUUCAAUCGUUAGGAGCAAAGAAAAUUGCUGUACUGUCUCUUCCUGCAUUGGGUUGCUUACCGUUUGAAAGAACCUUGCAUGGUGGAGGAAAAGGGAUUUGUGUUGAAUAUAUGAAUAAGGAGGCAUCAAUCUUCAAUAUGAAUUUGAAGAAACUUUUGACUAAGAUGAAUGAAACAGAUGGUACCAGGAUUGCUUACUUAGACAGUUAUGGGUUACUUCUAAGUGCCGCAACUCAUCCAGCUCAGUAUGGUUUUGUUGAAGGCCGCAGAGGUUGUUGUGGUACUGGGUUCAUUGAAGCAUCUAUCUUCUGCACUGAAUUUUCGGUAGGGACAUGUUUAAACGCCUCAAAAUAUGUAUUCUGGGAUAGUUUCCAUCCGUCGGACAGAAUGAACUCCAUUCUUGCUCAGUCUCUGCUUACACAAGCGGUUCAACAGGGCCUUGCUUAAAGUAGAUCAUUUGUUUCCAUACCUAUUCUUAUUACAAUCCUAAUUAUCUUCCUGUA